UGGGGGUGGGGCUUAGCGUUAGCGCGCGGUCUCACACUCUGUUGUCAGGCAGAACGGAGCAGGGUUUCAGCUAAGAGCUAAGCCAACUUAUUGGUUUUAAUUGUUUUAGAUAUGGAUUUCAACAAGCCCAGAAACUUGAACCAGACCGUGCCUUCAUUAAAGUUAUCAAACGGGUACAUUCUCCCUGAAGGCAAACUGACCCCCAACGCUCUCUUUGUGGGUGGGAUCGACAUUAAGGUUGAUGAAAAUGAAAUGCAAGACUUCUUUGCAAGAUAUGGAGCUGUGAAGGAAGUGAAAAUCAUCACAUAUCGUGGAGGGAUCUGCAAAGGUUAUGGGUUUGUGUACUUCAGCGAAGAUGUCAACAUUCAAUCAAUCAUUGAGCAACAGAUCAGUUUUAAAGGCCGCAAGCUCAAGCUGGGACCUGCAAUAAUGAAAGAAAGGAGCUCACGUUCCACGCCAUCUCGUCUAGUUGGACCAGCUCCUUGGAUGAGUCCCACCCAAUACAUCUACUGCGCUUGUUGCACACCCAUGGGAGGAGGGGUGACCCAACCCUCACCCAUCCUCAGUGGAGGCAGCCCCUAUAAUCAGCCGUACGCCUACAGCAACUUCGGAGGGUUCGUCCUUCCACAGGUGCCAGUGAACUAUGCACAGAACCCUUACACUUAUCAGUACACCACAACUCCCUGGACUCCGGAUCAAAGAGUACGGCCUGUCAAUCAGAACUAUGUGGACUGUGGAGUCCAGACUAUGCUGACUGUGCUCUAGUUCUCGGUUACUGAGCCCUCCUGCCAGAUCCAGGCUUCGAGUCAAAACACGGACAGGGUGCCAUCCUGAUGUCUGAAAGCGUCCUACAUUUUUCCGGUCAUUCCCAGAAUGCCCUUGCCCCUUUGUCCCCCUCUCUGCCUCACUUUUUGAGUGCCAUUUUAACACCAGACUGCAUGAGCUUUCCACUUUAACUGUUACCAGUUUGAUCCCAGCCACCUUACCUGAGAUGGAUGAGGUUGAUCUGUGGUCAGCUGCUUUUAAUCCACACAGAUCACAGUGACAAUUGUACAGGAAGAGGAGAGCACCAUGAUUAUUCCAGCCAAUACAUGGGACCACUUUUUUUUCCCCUACUAGUCUUUCAGGCCCAUUUUUUGUGCUUAUAUUAUGUUAACUUAUUUUUGCUGUUAAUUUUUUGUCUUUGUUUGGGGCUUUUAUCUUCAGUAAGGGCUCUCUGUACAUAGGAAGUACAUUUAUAUGUGUAUAUAGAUUGCAAAGAUGACUCCAAUUUAGUUGGUUGUCUUUUUGCAGGUGUGUUCUUUAGCUUUAGUUCAGGUGUAAUGCUCCUCUGAUUAAUGUCUUUAUUAACUUUUCUACUACAUCAUAUUGACACUUAUUAGUUCUCAUCACUCGGUUGUUUUAUUUCACUUAGUAGCAACGGUAAAAGAAAGACAACUUUGUCUUGGCACCUCGUUAAUAUUGGUAAUUUUUGGUUAUUACUCUUCAUUUGAUUCCAGGAGUUCACAGUAGAGGAGAAUCACGGCAUCAAUUUACUAUUUUUGGUUAAAUCAACUGAUAUUUGGACGGUAAAAGGUGGAUAAUGGAGGUUUUGUAGUAGGGUGCUUUGUUCACGGCUUGUAGUUCACUGUAAUUCUUCAACUCGUUUGAUUUUACUCGCUUUUACACAAAGGAUUUUAUAGACAUUUCAUGCACUUUGUGUGUUUUAUGUUUAAUUUUAACACUGACUUGGCGUGAUGGAAAAUGCACAUUGGUGUGAGGCGUACGUCACUUUUUUUUUCCUGUAACCUGCUUGAAUUUAGUCUUAUGUCAACGUUGAGGGGAGCAGGCAUGACCGUGUUGAGUUCUGUUCAGAGAGCCUUGAAA